AUGUUUCGACUGCUUCCAUGGUCUUCUGUUGCUGGGGGCAAUAAAGUGACAGCGGAGGAGGUGAAGAUGCUGGCCGCACCGCAACGACGAUCUUCCAUUGCGGACAACCCUGCGCUUCACAAGUUGAAGCGAAAGCGUGCAAACUCUGGCGAAACUGACACAUCUGUGCCAGAACCUACCCAUCUCUCCAGGAUAUAUCUCCGCCCGCAAGAGGCAAGCGGAAAUGCUAAGCUAACACCGUCACAGCCGCCUUCCUCUGUAGUUAAGGUACAGUCGCCAGAUCGAUCAACACAAGGCGACAUCCCUCGCCGCAAUUCACUGAAAGCCACAAGUCAAAUUAAAGAGUCUGGAGAUAUGCCUCCACCAAACACAGUGAAACCUGACCCUGAACCAACGCCACCUGCAGGAACAGUGCCUAAAAUGGAUACGGAAACGUUGCGCCAAACACUUGAAUCACAACUGAGUCUUGAAAUACUCCUUAAACAUGACGAGCUACGGUUGAUAGACCAAGAAAUGGGGAAGUGCCAGGUUGCAUUAGACCAGCUUCGUCGGUGCUCCGAAAUCCCAUAUCCCGGUUCGAACGUUGCUGGACUCUCCAGUAAUGUCAGCAGCGGUACUGGAAGUGCGGUAUUGCCAAUUAGGCCUGGUCCACCGCCUAUAUCACCGUCGCCAUGGGGUGUGACUGAGGGACCAUACAGCCGGCACUAUGCGAAGUGGCUACUUCCUGAUCCCCGGUUUGAUGGAGGAGAGGUUGAGAGUGCUGUCCACGCCUCUGCUGUAUCAGGGAGUGGCGCGGAUGGACGGACGACCCGUGCGUCGUGGUCAGAACCAGGUGUUACAGGUACUUUGCGUUCGCAACGCAGCUCUGCUGGCACCAAAUUGCAAGCAUUAUCAAGUGGCUAUCCCCAACCGAAGGAUAAAGCUGGGCCCAUGAUCAUAAAGCGCAAGAGUGAUGGUCAGCUCGUCAAAUUGGUCUGUCUUGAUUGUAGGAGAGACAACUUUUCGAGCACCCAAGGCUUUAUUAAUCACUGUCGAAUUGCUCAUAAUCGAAAUUUCGCCAGCCAUGAUGCUGCUGCUGCUGCAUCUGGAGAGCCCGUAGAAGUCGACGAGGCCGGUAUGGUUAUUGGCAAUAAUAACGACGUACCUGCCGGCACUGCCGCCGGAUAUGUACAUCCCCUGAUUCGCUCAGCUCACCUGGUUGGUUCUGCUGCACAGCCUGGUAUGCGUCGCGCAUUUCCUCAGGGUCAAUUAGCAAAAAGAUCAGGCGAUAGCAGCACAUCUCGUGAUGGCAGCAACCAAGCCGAAAAGGCAUCUUCGUCGCAAUCUCAAAGUACUCCUAAUUUGAACAAACCGCAACUGCAGAAGAUUUCAGUUGUCCCUCUUAGCCCAUCUUUCAAAGCUUCUCCAGUGACACCCAAUCUCUCUUCGCUAAUGCAGAGAAGAGGGAUGUCGGUUGACUUGCUUGAUAUCGUGGAUGAUGCCCUGACUAAAACCGCAAUGGCCAUGUUGUCUUCGGAUGACGAGUUCAGCGAAGGACUAGAUGACGAGAAUGAACAACCAAACCACGAUCGGUCCCGACUAAGUGUUCGAGGAAGUAGAUUACCCGCGCGCACAAUAGUUUCUCCAAGCCAACCACCACGACCAGGAAGUCGAAAAGGGAUAGAUAAACCAAGCCGCAAGCCUCAGCCUUCUCCUAUCCCCCCAACCCCCACACCUCAACGGCCACCAUAUAGAUCUCCAUAUUCUCCAACUACAGGAUCUUCGGUUGCCCCUGGAAUCGAGCAUGAAAGAUGUCAAGGAAACGACAUCGAUUCAAUGGUUGACACGAUUUCUUCUGAACUCAGUCCUAACACCGUGGAAUCAAAUCAGGCUCCAAGCCUUGUCAGCGAUGACGAGGAUUACGAAGCACCAUCUGAAUCAGAAAGCCCAAGCCCGUCUCCCUCCGCGGUAAGUGAUGAAGGACCCGACAACAUCGAGGUUCAAGACGGCGAUGACGGUACAACUGGAGGCGCGAAUGUGCCCACCACAGCAACGUCAGAUGCGAAACCAGGACCAGAAAUAACGAGCCCUUCAAAACAUCAUCAUGAUCAUCAUCAUCCAUCACCAGUUUCGCGGGAAGUACCGGUUUACAAACGCAAGGCGUCCAGUAAGGUCAAAGGUGGUGUGAAGAAUGCUGAAAUGUCGCCUUCUACCAACACAGCAACCAUGCGUGUCAACAAUAAGGAGCCAAAACGCGUUAGCUUUGGGAGCCCGAUCACCACAACUCCGGCUAUAGCGCAGAAGGAUGGUGGGAAGAAGCAGCGUCGGGGAUAA